AUGACUGAUCUAUUUUCAAUUUCGGAUCAAACAUCAUUAAAAUCUCGACGAACUUAUUCACAACGAAAUGUAUCUUCACUUCAAUUGGAAUUAACAAAAAAUUGUAAAAUGAUUAAUGUUAAAACAUCAAAAACAACUAUAUUUAAUCGAACACUUAGUUUUAAACCAUUACCCAUAACAAGCUCAUCAUUAACUAAUGUAGAAAAUACACCAAUGAAAGAAAUUUCGUAUGAAUUCGAUAGAUCUAAUAAAACUUUCUUAUCAAAAGAAAUAAUUGAAGAAACUCCAGUUAAAGAAGAAGACAUUGAAAAUGAAACCAUGUCAUCAGAUAGAAUGGCGCGUGACAUUCAACGACUUGCUCAUCGUCUUCGUUCUUCUAUUCCAUUAUAUGAUAUUUCCAUUUAUGAAAAUCAAUCAACCAAACCGACUACUGUUCAUCUAUCUCAAAUAGUCAAUCGUGUAACUCGUUGUAAUUAUGUUUUAAGACAUUUUGUAAACGAAGCACAAAAAUAUUUAUCUAACUCCAAUGAAACACAACUCACAUCAAAAUCGAUUUUAUCACUGCAAUCUCAUAAAAAAGGUCCAUGUCAUCUUUUUAUUGAUUCUCCUAAACAAGAUAGAACUAGUUCUAUCUCCAAAAAUCAAUCAUCAAUAACACCUCGAAAAGCCAGUGGUGUUAUAAAACGAUUAUUUACUUCUCCUUCAUCAUCUUUUAAACGAAUCUCAUCAUCAUCGAGCAUUAACUUUAUAAUUAAUGAUAAACGUCAGAAACUUUUCUAA